AUGCUCUUUCGUGACUCUCUCUUUCUUGCGUCUUCCGCCGCAGUGCCAACAUCGGAGGCAAUAGAAUCGCCGGAGUCACAGAAGGCACUAGCGGAUGUGAGGCAGGUGGCAUUGUCUUGGCUUGAGCAAGCGGCCAGGUGGGCCGCGUAG